AUGUCCACAAUUUCAAAAAAGAGUUUCGAGAAAUCGUUCCGUUCAUUCAUUCAGCGUGUUCAUCCAGACAAGUUUGUGUCGCAGCCGCAAGGCGUUUUCGUCAGAAACACAAAAGUUGUGCAAAUCAUGAAUGUGUUGAAUGGCGAAGUGAUGGCUAUGCUCGAACAUGCAUCUUCAAAGUUUUCAACUGCCGAUUUAUUGCAGAACAUUCAUUCGUUGCUGCCUCCAUUCUCAUGGUCUAUUUAUGUCGCCGAAAAUGCGGAUAUGCCGAUGAAACUUUCGAUAGCCGAUGUGUCUCUCUCAAAUACUAUGGAUGAGAAUUUUACAAUUGGGGCACAAUUGGAGAAGGCCCUCUCGUGCCAUGGUGCCAUAAAAUUGGAUUUUUUGUUGUUUAUUUGCAAAAAGGUUUUUCAGAGGUCCAGUGUGGAUUCUUCGCUAUUGUCUGCAUUUCCAAAUCUUUCCAUGCAGAAUUCGGCCAAUAGAAAUGUUGAAAACAUCGAGUCUAGAGUUACAUUUUCAAAUAUCUUUUACAAAGUUUGUAGACAGCAAGAUUAUGACGUUUGUCAAACUUUGCUUGGAAGGCUAUCUAAAUCUUCAGACCACGCCUGGAUAUUAUCUGAAAAUAUAGAUACACCGAGUCAGGUCUUAGCGCGAAAGCCAAAAUUUACAGAUUCUGCUGCCAAGGGUCCGGAGCUACAAAUGGUUUCUCAGCUACGGGGCUAUAAAAGGCCUCGCUCUCAUUCUGAGUAUAGAAAAUAUUGUGAUAUGGCGUUUCAAGAUAUCGAAUUCUUUCUUAAGCAAGCCAACCAAAAUUAG